UUGGGGCGAGCUGGGAGCACAACGAUAAUGGCGGUCGCUAGUACGGCGUUGGGUUCGUUGGUAACUGGGCUGUACGACGUGGAGGCUUUCAAGUUUGGGAACUUCGUGCUUAAGAGCGGGCUCUCUUCCCCCGUCUACAUUGAUUUGAGGGGCAUCGUGUCUCGACCGCGUCUUCUGAGUCAGGUUGCAGAUAUUUUAUUCCAAACUGCCCAAAAUGCGGGGAUCAAUUUUGACACUGUGUGUGGAGUACCUUAUACAGCUUUACCCUUGGCUACAGUUAUCUGUUCAACCAAUCAAAUUCCAAUGCUUAUUAGAAGGAAAGAAACAAAGGAUUAUGGUACUAAACGUCUUGUAGAAGGAGCUAUUAAUCCAGGAGAAACCUGUUUGGUCAUUGAAGAUGUUGUUACCAGUGGAUCUAGUAUUUUGGAAACUGUUGAAGUUCUGCAGAAAGAGGGGUUGAAGGUCACUGAUGCCAUAGUGCUACUGGACAGAGAGCAGGGAGGCAAGAACGAGCUGCAGGCGCAUGGAAUUCGACUCCACUCAGUGUGUACGUUGUCCAAAAUGUUGGAGAUUCUUGAGCAGCAGAAAAAAAUUGAUGCUGAGAUGGUUGGAAGAGUGCAGAGAUUUAUUCAGGAGAAUGUUUUUGUAGCUGCCGAUCAAAAUGGUUCUCUCUCUUCUGUAAAGAAAGCACCCAAAGAACUCAGCUUUGGUGCACGUGCAGAGCUGCCCGGGAUCCACACUGUUGCAUCAAAGCUCCUGAGGCUUAUGGAAAAGAAGGAGACCAAUCUAUGUCUGUCUGCUGAUGUUUCAGAGUCCAGGGAGCUCUUGCAGCUAGCAGAUGCAUUAGGACCCAGCAUCUGCAUUUUCAAGACUCAUGUAGAUACGUUGAAUGAUUUUACUCUGGAUGUGAUGAAGGAGUUGACAACUCUGGCAAAACGCCACGAUUUCUUAAUAUUUGAAGAUCGGAAAUUUGCAGAUAUAGGAAACACAGUAAAAAGGCAAUAUGAAGGUGGUGUCUUUAAAAUAGCUUCUUGGGCUGAUCUGGUAAAUGCUCAUGUGGUGCCAGGCUCAGGAGUUGUGAAGGGCCUGAGGGAAGUGGGCCUGCCUUUGCAUCGGGGGUGCCUGCUCGUUGCAGAAAUGAGCUCCAAGGGCUCCUUAGCCACCGGGAGCUACACUGAAGCAGCGGUUAGAAUGGCUGAGGAGCAUUCUGAAUUUGUAGUUGGUUUUAUUUCUGGCUCACGAGUAAGCAUGAAACCAAAAUUUCUUCACUUGACUCCAGGAGUUCAAUUAGAAGCAGGAGGGGAUAAUCUUGGCCAGCAGUACAGCAGCCCACAAGAAGUUAUUGGCAAACGAGGUUCUGAUAUCAUCAUUGUAGGCCGGGGCAUAACAACAGCGGCUAAUAAGCUGGAAGCAGCUGAAAUGUACAGAAAAGCUGCUUGGGAAGCUUAUUUGAGUAGACUUGGUAUUUGAGUGCCUUGUGAGGGCCUUGAGGGUACAUGGUCUCCUGAAAUUCACUGGCUUGAAAUAAUAAGCAGCCUUUAAUAUUGGUUGGAUUCUUCCACAAGGCCUGGUUGGAAUGACUUCUGGCAUCAUGGUUAACUGUAAGUUCAUUUUUAAGCGUUCUGUUAAUUUGUUAGGCAACUUCAGUCCCAUCUGUUAGGAGGGAUCAUCAAAUAUGGAAAACCCUAUUUCUAGAUCAGAUUUUUUAUUCUUUUCAUUGCGAGACAAAUUUUAGGACAUCAAGAGGCUAAAACCAUUUCUCAUCUCCUUUAUUCUGUCCAAUGUGAUGUCCAAAUAAUAUUUAUUAGCUGUUUUCCUCGUAUGCUUAAAAAUGAUAGUCCAGGUGCUCCAGUGGCCCUGGUUCCUAGAACUGCUGUUGCUAACCCACCAGGAGGGGCAAGGUGGGGAAGGGGAAGGUGACUGUAGCUGAGACCCUGAAGCAAAUAUCUGACUGUCGUUUCGACAGAUGGAGAGGGGUUCUGACUCGUUUAUUUCCCUGGGCAGCAAUGUGGACCUGUAGUGAAACUCAUUCACAGCUUCCUUUUGCCUUGAAUUACAAAUGGAUAGGCUGCUCCUUAAUAUACUUAAAAGGACAGCAGUGUCGCUUAAGGAUCCCACAUAAUUGUCCCAACUGUCACUAACAGGGUAGUCAGCCUUCACUGAGUUAUGAACAGGGAACAUCUACCUCCUUUCUUCCAGGUAGGCCACCCUUCCCUCACUCUGGUCCCAGAUUCUCUAUUUCUCACAGAAAUUCCAAGUUUCUGGAGUAUUGAUGGCCCUUUUCCCUGUUUUCUAGUACUAAUACAGAUUUUCCCCAUUUUUAUAUUUCUUUAGGCAGGAAGCAUUUUAGAGGGAAGGGAUCUAAGAUGACCCCUUUGAAAUGGCCACCCUGCACAUUCAUGGCCCUGUGGGAGCAGGGCCAGAGUGCCAGUUACAUUUCAGUGCUCACUCUCUGCCCUUCCUUGUCUGGAUCUCCCCCACUGGCAGCUGCAGAAAGGUCAGGAGAAGAGACUUGCUGUGUGUUUCCAUCCCUAACUACUCUACUCUUCUCUGUACUGGCUCAGACCAAAACCUGGGAUUUCACUCAUAUUUAGUGGGUUCCCUCUGGGAGUGAAGUGCUGAAGUUCAGUUUGGAUUUCAGAUCCCUAGCACUGUACUUCCAGAGAAAUUGCCCCUGUGGGAAAGAGAAAUUAUCAAAGAAUAAGGCCAGAGGAAAGGAAAGGGUGUGACUCCUGGGGCUACUUGAGAGGAGCUAAAGUUGCAACUGAAUAGUUAUUUCCUGGGGUGUCUGCAGAGUCUCAGUGAUCUGAGGCUGAGAGACAUCUUUGCGAUGAUAGGCUUGAAAUCCAGUGCUUGCUUAAUUGACAUUUAUUAGAUGAGCAGUUCUGACCUACCUUUUGUGCAUCAGAAUCACCUGGAGGGCUUGUUAAAAAUGUUACUGGGCCCAUCCCUCUGAAUCUGGGUAAGUCUGGAGUGGGGCUGAGAAUUUGUAUUUCUAGCAAGUUCCCAGGUGAUGCUGCUGGUGCAAGGACCACACUGGGAGUCACCUAUUCCUGUCCUUCCUUCACAGGGUGCUGGCAUUGUCUGGUUACUGUUAAGCUCAUCCAGGGCCCCUGCUAGGAAAGUCUCAGAAUCACCUGGUCCCUGCCACUUAUUUAAAAUGCAGAUUCCUGGACCCUACCAUCAGAGAUUCUGCUUCAGCAGAUUCGAGGUGAGGCCUGAAAGUCUGCAUUUCUAACAGGUACCCCAAGUGAUUUUUGAUGUUUCCCAAGAAUAAGCCUGGCACUGCUCUUAUUGCCGCCAGUGCUGUAGGUCUCUCAUCUGAGCAAAGUCCCAGACAGCCUAAGAAAAUGGCCACAUUUUCUGAAGUCACAAAACAUGAGCACAAAUUGACUCAGCAAAGAGGAAAAUACUUGGGCUGUCUCAAGGACUGUGGGAUACUAUUCUUCAGCAUUAUAAGUGGCAUUAGGUAGUUUAGCCCUCAAUCAAUUAAUAUUACUGAGCACGAGAUGUGGGUUUUAUAGGCCCUGGUCAUAAUGAGAAAAACAGGAACAGUCUGCUGUGGAACAAGGGUGGGUAACUCCGUUCCCUCAGCCUUUUCUUCCAAUACUCUAGGCAUUUUGUAGAACAUAAGCAGAUAGAAUUUUACUGCUAGAGGAACCCAAGAAACCGUCACCCAGCUCCCUGUAUUUUAGAGCUACAGAAGUAUGGACCCAGAGUGGUGAAAGGCCCUGCUUACCUGCUUAGUCACACAGCCAGCCUGUGGCAGAAAUCGGCCGGGAGUCUCAGUGCCAAGGUUCUGCCUCACUUGCCAAUAUGAGGCAUUUGUAGGAAAAGCUCCCUAAGGAAGCCCCUGGGGCCCAUCUAAAGCCAAAGGUACUGGACGGCAAAGAUGGCACUUGAGCACAUCUUUAACAUUCUUAACUUCCAACUCCUCUUCACCCACCUCUCCUGAACAAAAUGGCUGCUGAGAACAGCACACAGGUAAGGCCUGCAAGUGUCCACAAGGCCAUAGGCUCUGCCCAGAUUGCCAAAGAGGAGAGGUGCAGAAGAUUGUCUCCUUUAAGCUAGAUGGAAAUGGGGAACAACAAUAGUGGGGAGGCUAGGGAGGAGUGCCAGGUGUGUGUGUGCCUGUCUUUCGGAACUGAGAGUUCUAAUGGGACCCAAAGUAGAAGCUUGGCAGCAAACUGAUUAGUACAAUGCUGUCCCAUAGCUGCAGUCUGCAGGCUGCCUACUGUUCAUGGGUUUGCUCCUAUGUGAGGGUCCUCCACCUCUCAAGGUGUAUAGAGCCAAGGGCAGGCAAGGAAAACAAAGCACCCAAGGAAAUCCAGCAACAAGGAGAGGAAAGCAAAAAACAAUACCUCUAGUAAGUGUCAGCUCCACAGAAGCUAGGAUUUCACUCUGUUGUGUUCAUUUCCAUGUUCUCAGCACCUGGAACAGGGCCCAGCAAAUGUUUUUGAAUGAAUGGACAAGUGGCUCCUGGUGAAAGUGAAUUGUUGGAGGAAACAAACAAUUUCAAUAACAAAGAUCAAAAUAACAAAAACACUUAAAGACACAAUUACAGUUUUUUGUUUGGGGAACAAAAAAAUUUUUAAUUUAAAAAGUGAGCUGGCAGAUCAGAGUAGGAUAAAUAUGUCAAAACUCAAAGAUACAAAGAAAUGUAAAUCAUGAGAGUAGAAAAGAGGCUUAGAGACAGAUGUGUGAAUUUUAGGAGGAAGAGGCAAAAGUAGGAGGGAAUAGUUACAUAAAUAAGGAAAAUUUCCACAGAUGGGAAAAAAAUUUGAGUCUGCAGAUUAAAAAGGCCCAUUGAGAUCUAGGCAGGAGUUAUGGACAAAGACACAUACCCAGGCUAUCCUGUAAAAACUGUUUACUUUGUUUAACAAAUUUGACAAGUAUCUAGAGGAAUAAGGUACUUGCAAAGUAGAAGAACUCAGACAAGUUACAGAUAUGGUGUUACUGAUAACAGUCUGGUGUAAGCUUGAUAGGUAGUAACACCCAGAGACCCUGGGAAGAAAGGACUAUCAAAGAACCAAGAAUCCUCACCCAACCCUGUGGUCCCCUCUCAGGUAGCAGCAGCCUAAUGGGAGUCUUCUAGGCUCUCCUUGCACUUCACGGUGUCUGCUGUCCACACUGGUGAGUGAGAUACACUGAGCAUGUGCCUUUUAAAGGGCUCAGCAAGUGGAGGCUGGAACUGCAUAGGUGAAGGAGGUGUAUCUGACUGAUAGAAAUAGGCCUAUCUGUCGGCAGCUGAAAUCUUGACAAUCCCAGAAUAUUAGGAAACUGAAAUUGGAAGCCCUUUGGAGAUAAUCUGAUCCAACCACCCCAUUUCACAGAUCAAGAGAUGAUUUGCACAUGAAUUGCAGAAGAGCUCAUUCCAGGCAAAGCAGGAACU